AAUGCCGCUGGUUAGUGUGAUUCGAGCUACGGUCCGCUUAGUGCACGCAUCUCGUUUUUGCUGCAGAAGCUUUCAAGCUCUCGGAGUUUACGUCGUCGUGAACAAUUUUUUUGAUUUUUACGAUAUUCGUUUCCCUAUAUUGGAUUUGAAUAUUUUUUGUAUGACGAUGUAAAUAAAUUAUUUUUUUUUUGGACAAAUUACCGCACGGAAUAGUGCCAGAGUUUUUUUUUAUCUUCUUGUAUUUUUGGUGGUUAGUUUUGGAUUAAUGUAGAGGAGUAGUGGUGGAUGGAGGAGAAAAUUGACUCGCUUAAUGAUGAUUUUACUUCAUGGUUACAAUAAAACGAUAUCGCUUUUCUCAAUGGAAAACUUAAAAUUGCAGAUCAUAACCCUCAAAGCAAUGCUGUUCCUCCUGUUCAUCUCACUUCUGCUACCAGGUCCAAGCAUAGCAGGCAGCAUGCUCGGCUGUCCCGCAGGCUGCAUGUGCAACGAUGACACUUACGUGGUCCAUUGUGAACGAAGCAAACUGGAUGUCAUCCCCAUAACCCUGAACCCUGCCAUCCAAAGACUGGUGCUACGUAACAACAAGAUCAAAACGGUGGACGCCGCAUUCCAAUUCUACAAGGAUCUACAGUACGUUGACCUGUCUAAUAACCACUUGGUAAACAUACCUACCAAGAGCUUCUUUCACCAAGAGAAACUCCAGGAGCUGCACCUGAACAAGAACAAACUUUCCUCAAUUAAUAACAAGACUUUUCAAGGCCUUAAGGCCUUGACUGUGCUGAACUUGCGAGAGAACUUCCUGGAAGAGCUUAGUCAAGGGAUUUUCUCGAUACUUCCAAAGCUUGAGGAGCUUAAUUUAGGACAAAACCGGAUAUCCAAAAUUGAUGCUUUAGCCUUUGAUGGUCUGUUGGGCCUAAGGGUUUUAUUCUUGGAUGACAAUUUACUUACCUCAGUACCAACUCCGUCAUUCCCAGUGAUGAAUAGCUUGGCUGAACUCCACGUGGGGCUCAAUGCCUUCCACUUUCUACCUGACGACUCCUUUAAGGGUCUGAGCAAGUUAUCCGUUUUGGACCUAAGCAGCGGCGGAAUCACUAACAUAAGCGAACACGCCUUCCGAAGUUUAACUGGCCUAAGAAACCUAAAUCUAGCCGACAACAGACUGAAAGAGAUCCCAACCAAUCAGUUGAGCUACUUAUCUCGCUUAGAGGAGCUCACCAUUGGGCAAAAUGAGUACGUCACUUUACCAAAGGGAGCUUUUAAGAGCCUGACCAACUUAAGAAAGCUAGACAUUACCGGUGCUAAGAACCUAGAACAUAUCGAAAAGGGAGCCUUCACAGAUAACAUGAACCUAGAAACUAUAUUGCUGGUAAGCAAUAAGAAGCUGGAAAACUUAGACGAGGGUGCCUUAGUGGGGCUACCGAACCUUCGGCACCUGGUGCUACGAGAAAACGCUUUUAAAAGCCUUCCGGAGUCGGUGGUGUCGUGGAACGAGUUGCGUGCACUAGAGCUCACAGACAAUCCAAUAAAUUGUGACUGCCAACUGCUCUGGCUGCUAAACCUCGCUAACCAAAAGAACUUAACGAACGUGCAGUGCGCCAGUCCGUUAAACUUGCGCGAUAAACCAUUAAAAUCCUUAACCAGUGACGAUUUGGGUUGCUCCUUCGGCGAUCCGAACCAAAGGGUCAUCAUAGUAACUUUCUGUGUUAGUGCCGUAAUUCUUUUAGCUGUAUUAGGGUUGUUUCUGUUCAGGUAUCGGCUGAAAGUACGAGAUGCUCUAAAGGAUUAUAAGUUUAAUAAAAGGGCGAUCAGUCGCAAGGAGCACGAGUACCAAAAGACAUUUUCGGAGGAUGAGUACACGUUGAGAACGGGACAGUUGCCGAUCAAGCAUAUUCCUGUAACAGAGUUGUAGCUAGAGUUGAGCGCGCCGCCCUCAGGGGUGUUUUGUCUGGAGGGCGAAGCGGGGCGGCGUGCUCGGAGCCCUAGGGGUCCUGGGGGCACCUUGCCCGCCACCGGGUUCACUUAUAUUCGCACCAAUGAUGGCGCUUGUAGGGCGCAUUCGAUGCGGACUCUCAAUAUUAUCGAUCCCGGUACUUGUCCGCGCAGGUACGACUGUCCUAGUGACUUGUUUCCGCCUCGUUAAGAGAACAAGUUUAAUUUGUUGAUUUUAGGCCUGUAGAGGUCUGAGGAAGAGUUUGAGAUUUUUUUUUGUUAUUAAAAUCAACAAAUUAGAGCUUGAAGCGUGCACAAAGAUCGGUUGGCAUCUUAAAAUAAUUGCGCGGACUGAGCAAUAAAAGAAUGAAUCCAUUCCACAAAAUGUGAUUUUUUACGAUAUAAGUAUAAGACUGUACAAUAUAGAUUUGUAAGAUUU